AUGAUUAUAAGACCUAGGAGGAUACGGACGCAAGUCCUUGGUUAUUUUAUGUAUCCAUUUAUCCACAAUACCCAAAAUUCAACGGCCUAUACGUCUUCUUUGGAAACACAUAAUUACACUGCUAUCCCAGCUUCACCUACAUCUACAAUGCCAUCCAUCGAUCCUUCAAGUCCUCGAUCGACAACUAGUGAUAUGCCUUCGGAUAAUAAUGAGAGGAGAGAAUCAUACCCUCUUAGUAUAGCUUCUACAUCUUCGUCUUCUUCUGGUUCACCCGAAUCAUCAUUUACUACCAAAUUCCAGACUCACGAAAAGCAUUAUCGCCCGAUCACCGAAGAUGAUUACCUAGAGGAAGAAGAGGAGGAAGAAAAAGAACAUGGGACAUCGGAAUCAACGGGAUUAUUGGGUUUCUUACCUCUACCAAAAUGGAAGCGAGAAAUUGAAGAUAAAUUAUCGUUACCCUCUGCCUCAUCCACCUCACAUCAGAGGAGAAGAGGGAGGAAUCGUAAACAACGAAGAUCGAUAUUCAUACUUUUAGUCAGCAUAGCAUGUCUAAGUGGUUUGUUGAUGGUUGGAAUAUAUGUAUAUUACCAGCGGUCAACUUAUAUAAGAACCACGACUACGGAAAUUGACGAAUCACCUUAUAUCCCCAUGCCAGAAGAGGUAUCUCAAAAUCAGUCUUCCGUCGAGUUGAUACCAAUCUCUGCGCCUCAAUGGAUUAUUGACGUUAAGGAAAUAGCAGAUGAUCCAACUCAUAUUCUGAUUCCACCUCAUGAAUCAGAUUCAAUCGAAUUACUACAACCUGUACAUGAUAGAUUGCCAUACGAUGUCCUCGAAUCGUACUUCUCUACAGGUCUCUUGCCAACCUCCUUCAACUCCGAUUCUGAUCUCGCCAAACAACGACCUAUGGAUCUAGUAUAUCUAUUCGUCAAUGCCUCUUCGGAGUACCUACAGGAAGAUAUGGAAUUGGCAGAAGUUAAAGAAGGGAUCGAGCUAGUUGGGAAGAAAAGACAUUGGAGGGAUAAUGGCGAAUUGAGAGGUGCUGUGAGAUCAGGUAUAAAAGGUUUCAAUGAUAAUUUGGGCAACGUACAUGUCAUAUCUGCUGAUUGGGCAAUGACCGAUCGAGAUGAAUCGGCCCUCGGACAGGAGGGUUGGAGGAUAGGUCAAAUUCCAGAAUGGUUAAAUUGGGAUUCGCAGAGAGAAGAAGGAAGUAAAUUGAAUUGGCAUUUCCAUUCUGAUGUGUUUCGCCUACCCAUCGACUCCGAUGGACAGACUACGAUCAAAUCAAACAGGAUCGAAGAGGUACAGAAACCAACCGUCCAAGAUGAAUUAGAAGAAGUGGAGACUGAACAGAUUGAAGAUGGCAAUUUUGGUAAUUCCACAGAAGACGGUACGAGGCCACAGCCCCAAGUACGACUCAAUCCCCCCACACCAAUCGAUGUUUUCUGGAACGACGAACAAGAAUGGAAAGAACUCGCUACCCCAAAUUUCAAUUCGUUCGCCAUUGAAAGUAGGAUGAGUUGGUUGAAAGACGUUUCGGAGAAUUUUGUCGCAUUCAACGAUGAUAUGUUCAUUCUUCGAAACCUCUCUACGUCCGAUUUCCGUCAUCCUCUCCUAGGCAGUGUCUUCCGUAUGGACUCCGGUCUACUUGUCAAUCCAUCCAUGACACCUAUGCAACUUACCGACUCAGGUGAAUGGGGAGCAUUACAACAUGCCAAUCAGCUCAUAUCGAAGAGGUUCCCAUCAAGGAGGAGAAUGUAUUUGCAUCAUUUACCCAAGAUCCAAUCGAAACAUAUAAUGAACGAGGCUCUCACGAUGUUCCGAGAAGAGCUGAGCGUAUCUACCACUAGAACGUUUAGAGAAUCCAAGAGGGGUCAAGGCGAUGUUGAGAUGGCUUGGUUAACUACCAAUCUACGAAUCGAAAGAUGGAGAGAAUCCCUACUUUGGUCUUAUAUCGUUGCUAAAGUCGGACAUCGAAAUGGAGGCAAAUGGAAUAAUCAAGCUAGGUCGGAUCUAAUUCAAUUAAUGAAAAUUACAGAUGAUCAAAUAUCGGGAUAUCAAAAUGUGGUGAUUGAACGAAGGGACGAUAGAUUGACUUUGGCCGAUUCAUUCGAAGCCGAUAAACAAGUUGAUUGGAAUGGACCAAAAGCUUCAGUCUAUCAAUAUUCCUCGCUUGAUGGUCACCUCAAUCUGCUUUCCGAUAUCGACAAUCGAAAAUGUAUAUUCAGUCUUCAACAAUGUUUACCCGCUCGAUUCUUCCUUGAUCCCGAGAUAUCCUACUCCUCAGAAGAGAUAUUCAAGCAAUUGGCAUUCGUUGAACCGUCCUGCGGAGAUUGUCUGAUCACCGCGUUGAUCAACGAAUCGGGUGAAAGAGGGAUCGAAGCGUUCUUACCCUCGCACGAUCAGUUAUAUCACCCUAACACCACUACGUCAGAAAGGGAAUGGAAGACUAGCGAACCGAUAUUGCAGUUGACCAAUUCAUGGGAAGAAUCAGAUUUUAGCAUUGAAGCCAAUGUGUUCAAAGGUCAGGAUAUCUGGCCAGGAGCUUUGGAGAGGAUUGAUGAUGCUAUAGAACUUAGACGAUGGUGUAUCAAGCUGUUAUCCAGGUACAACUAUGUCUUUGCCUCAAGUCCAGUCAGAUUCUCUCCUAUCCACAAUAUCGGCGAACUGCGCACAGCCCUACGAUCAGUAGAAGAAAGUCCGGACAUUGCGAUGUUCUGUAUCAAUGACGACCAAUAUGACUCGAGUAGUGGGAAAGUCCGUCGAUUAUUUGGAAGUUGGAUGAACGAAAAGUUUGGUGGAUCCAUCCCUGGAGUAAACUACGAGCGAGAGGGAGUUGAAUGGGCUCAAGUCUUACCUGAAGAUGAAAGACGGAGCUUAACGAGAGAAGAGGAAGAAAAAGAUCGACAUGGUUAUUUACCUAUGCCAAUUGGUAAUGCAGGUAACAACCACAGGUCAAAACAACAAAAGAACAGAAAUAGAGAUAAGAUCAUCCAAAAAUCAACAGCAUUAAAUGAUGACGAAUCACCUUAUUACCAUGAUGAUGAAAAUGACAGCAACGACAACAACAACGAUGACGACGAAAAUGAUGACAAGUUCAACGAAUAUGGAUGGAAAUUGGGUGUUGUAGAGAAUAUAACAGAUGCUAAUUGGUAG